AUGGUGUCUGUCGGGGCAGCAACCAUCCUGCUGGUGGACACCAGUGGUGAUGGAGGCGUCAAGCUAAAGAAGGAGGCCUUCAGGACUUGGCUGUUCUGGAAUACUCCUGACGCAUCUGGCAGGCACAGGGUGGCCAGAAGGACUGCUGCUUUGUGUAAGAAGCACUUUGAGUAUCUCCUUAAUCCACCUACCAUGUCCACCUUUGAGGACCGAGAGUCUGAAGACGAGUCCAUUACCAUGACAGAAGUCACUAAGGCAGUCAAAAAGCUCCACAUGGUUGUGUUAUACGUGCAAGCUGUGGGAACCAAAGAGUGGAGAGAGUUUGGCAGGACAGAGGUCAUCGAUAACACUCGGAAUCCAGACUUUGUAAGGAAAUUUGUCCUGGACUUCUUCUUUGAAGAGAAACAAAAUUUAAGGUUUGACGUGUACAAUGUGGACUCUCGAAGCUGUAACAUAUCCAAACACGUACGUAAAGACUUUCUGGGCCAAACCUUCUGUACGCUUGGGGAAAUAAUCGGCUCGACAGGAGGACGGCUGGAGAGGACCUUAUCUGGGAUUCCGGGGAAGAAGUGUGGACUCAUAAUCUUGACUGCUGAGGAGCUCAGUAACUGCAGGGAUAUUGCUACAAUGCAGUUGUGUGCCAACAAGCUGGAUAAGAAAGACUUCUUUGGAAAGUCUGACCCCUUCCUGGUUUUCUACCGGAGUAAUGAAGACGGAACGUUUACCAUCUGCCACAAGACAGAGGUGAUCAAGAACACGUUGAACCCAGUGUGGCAGCCCUUCACCAUCCCUGUUAGAGCGCUCUGCAAUGGGGAUUAUGACAGGACAGUGAAAAUAGACGUCUAUGAUUGGGAUCGAGAUGGAAGCCACGACUUUAUUGGAGAGUUCACCACCAGCUACAGAGAGCUGUCUCGAGGGCAGAAUCAGUUUAACGUCUAUGAGGUUUUAAAUCCCAAGAAGAAAGGCAAAAAGAAGAAAUACAUCAAUUCUGGGACUGUAACUCUGCUGUCCUUCAAAGUGGAGUCGGAGUAUACCUUCGUGGAUUUCAUCCGAGGAGGGACUCAACUGAAUUUCACAGUGGCUAUCGACUACACAGCAUCAAAUGGUAACCCGUCCCAGCCCACUUCUCUCCACUAUAUGAGCCCUUACCAGAUGAAUGCUUAUGCCAUGGCCCUGAAAGCAGUGGGAGAGAUAAUCCAGGACUACGACAGUGACAAGCUCUUUCCUGCCUACGGCUUCGGAGCUAAGCUGCCCCCCGAUGGCAAAAUCUCCCACGCGUUUCCCCUGGAUGAGUAG